AAGAAAGGGAGGGCGGCGGGGCAGCCCAGGCUCCGCCCCCGCCUCCCGGAGCUCUUAUAAAGAGCAGGAACCAGCACUAGCCCCUCAGUGGUUUCUUGGUGAUACUAGAUAGAGCCGCUGUAGCCUUGCCUCUUCUGGCGUCUCACCGCAGCAGGGCUUGGACUUUGGGGUUUUGCCACUGCCAGAGGGACGUCUCGGACUUUCUCCUCCAAGUACUCAGCAGAUCACUUUCUCAGCAGGGUCUGCGCAUCGCCGCUGGGAUGAAGCUGAUUUCCGUCGCCCUGAUGUACCUGGGGUCACUCGCCUUCCUAGGCGCGGACACCGCGAGGCUAGAUGUGGCGUCGGAGUUCCGAAAGAAGUGGAAUAAAUGGGCUCUAAGUCGUGGGAAGAGGGAACUGCGGGUGUCCAGCAGCUACCCCACCGGGCUUGCUGACGUGAAGGCCGGGCCUGCCCAGACUCUCAUUCGGCCCCAGGACAUGAAGGGCGCCUCUCGAAGCCCCCAGGACAGCAGUCCUGACGCAGCCCGCAUCCGAGUCAAGCGCUACCGCCAGAGCAUGAACAACUUCCAGGGCCUCCGAAGCUUUGGCUGCCGCUUCGGAACGUGCACAGUGCAGAAGCUGGCACACCAGAUCUACCAGUUCACAGACAAGGACAAGGACGGCGUCGCCCCCAGGAGCAAGAUCAGCCCCCAGGGCUACGGCCGCCGGCGCAGGCGCUCCCUGCCAGAGGCUGGCCGGGAUCGGACUCUGUCUUCCGAGCCACAGGCACGCGGGGCUCCAGCCUUUGGGGUGCACCUCGCCACUCUCCGUAGGAUAUAGGCGCCUGUGGCAACAGCAAAUAGUCUCGAAAGCAUCCCGCUGGCGCCUGCCAAGACGGAGGGCUUCCCGAGCCGUAUGGGGACCGGGCAGUGACAGCCUUGCGGCGACCCCGAGUGUGGGAAGCACCGUCCCGCGGCGAGCUCUGGCUUUGCAGGGGCCCCUCCUCAAGGCAGUGCUCCCUCCGCCCUUAUUAGGCCCGGGUGCCCCAGGGGGGCAGAAGAAUCCGAGGGAGUGUUUGCCAGGCUUACAGAGAGGAGAAACUGAGGAUUAAAUGCUGAGACUUCCGGGGCAGGGGUCUGAGCUACUGCCGUGCCCGCCCACAAACUGAUUUCUCACGGGGUGUCACCCCACCAGGGCGCAAGCCUCACUAUUACUUGAACUUUCCAAAACCUAGAGAGGAAAAGUGCAAUGUGUGUUGUACAUACAGAGGUAACUAUCAAUAUUUAAGUUUGUUCCUGUCAAGAUUUUUUUUGUAACUUCAAAUAUAGAGAUAUUUUUGUACGUUAUAUAUUGUAUUAAGGGCAUUUUAAAGCAAUUGUAUUGUCCUCCCCCUAUUUUAAGACGUGAAUGUUUCAGCGAGGUGUAACGUCGCUUGUUGCGUGGAGUGUAUGUGUGUGUGUGUAUAUGUGUGUGCGCGCGCGCCCCGCGCGUGAUAGACUGAUUAUCUCCUGGGGAAGAAGGAAACACCGUGUCUCUGUAUAAUCUAUUUACAUAAAAUGGGUGAUGAUAUGCGAACGGCAAACCAAUAAACUGUCUCAAUGCUGA